AGUCUAUCCUCUGUGGUUAUGCAUGUGCCAUAGUAAAUUUUCCAACAAUUCAAUGAAUCAGUAGCACACAUUAUUAUUGAACACAUUUCAAUCGUCGUCAAAAAAAUAACAGUUGAACUGCUAAUUUAAUUUUAAUGCAUCCAACAUCGGUCAGUUCAACAACAUUGUCAAAAAGUUGACGCUUCUCCAAUUUUACUCAUUGUCUCUGACUGUACGCCAUCCACCUUUUUAUGGAUUCUUCAGAGGAGAGAGACUGCGACAACCUGGUUACUCGAGAAGGUGAAGAACGGCAGGACGAAUUGAACAAAAUGUCCCUCUCAGACUCCAAGGAAUCCGACAAGAGAUUAACUGCUGAUUGCUUUGGAAAACAUAAUCGCAACACUUCAAUCAAUGAAUCACCAAAUUCUUCGCCUACUCGGAAAGAUCCAAUGUCUCCAGAUUCCAACCACUCAAAAUCGAGCUUAGUUAACGAUGAAAACGAUCAAACUCCAGUUGAAACUAACAGAAGCAGAUCUUGUUCACAAUUGUCAGUACAAAGUGGUUUAAGCGCCCCAGACCAGCACAAUACUUCCCAGUCUCCUGCUCGAAGUGAAAAGUCGAAUUCACCAGGUGAGAAGGAGGGUUCACGCUCACUUUCAGGAGUUUCUAAACAGUUCAGGUCACGAUCCAAUAGCUCUUCACGGUUCAGAUCACGCUCUAAGUCUCCUGAAUGUAAUGAAGGAGCCUCAAGAUCAAGAAUAUCUAGGUCGAGAUCAAAAAGCCCUGCAGGGAUAGAACGUCAAUCUCGAGCCAGAUUCAGAUCACGUUCGCUAUCAAAAGAGAAUUCAGUGACGCCAAAUCGAUCUAGACAAGGCUCAGCAGGUUCUAAUCGAUCUCGGACAAGUUCUAAUGCCUCAAACAGAUCGAGAUCAGGUACAUCAUUCGCCAAUAGAACGCGAGAGGUUUCAGCAAGCUCUGAUAAAUCAAAAGCUAAUUCUGCCAGUUCAAAGCGAUCGAGAUCGCGCUCUUUGGUUUCAAACAAAUCACGGUCAGGAUCGAGACAUUCUUCAAUCAGCAGAAAUUCACGAUCUCGUUCAAACUCACGAGGCUCUUCCCGAGCUGGCUCUCCAGGGCUUAGGCGUUCUCAUUCUAGAUCUAACUCGAGAUCCCGGCGGAGCUCUCCAGAUACCAGGAAUUCAAGAACCAGCUCACGGUUAGGCUCCCCUCACGGCUCACGGGAUGGAAAUAGAUCUAAAUCUAGAGAAUCGAAACUCGAGUCAGCCAAAUCAAGGUCUAGAUCACGAUCAAGAUCUGCCAACUCCAGGUCGAGAUCCCGAUCCGGUUCUGUUAAGUCGAGGUCCAGAUCGCGUUCUGGUUCUACGAAAUCCAGACGUUCAUCCUCUGGCUCAGUUAAGUCAAGAUCGGUAUCACCUUCAAAAUCUAUCGCAUCGAGGUCCAGGUCACGUUCGAAAUCAGGUUCACGUAAAUCCAGGUCUAGAUCUCGAUCGCGUUCUGUGAAAUCGAGAUCGAGAUCUGGCUCUAGAGCCUCGUCAUAUUCUCAACCAAUAUCUAGACGUUCUGUAUCAGGUUCCAGAUCACGAUCACCCUCUAGAUCACGUUCAAGAUCUAAAUCGAGGUCAAAAUCGCGAUCGAGAUCGCGUUCCCGUUCCAGAUCAGGGCAGUCCCGUUCUCGUUCACGAUCGAAAUCGGGUUCGCGAAGGAGUAGCAGAAGUCGCAGUAGAGAUUCAACGGAAAAUUCACCCGGUGUCAAACGAAAACGAAGAAUUUCAGAUUCUGAUUCAGAAGGCGAAGCUUCAAUCAAGGAGAAAAAAUCAAAGCAUCAAAGUGAAGAUUGUGAGGAAGAAAAUGAAGAGAAGAAAUCUUCUGAUGCAGAAAAUGAGAAUGCGGAGGAAAGAAUACUGGGAGAUGAGGAGAAGGAAGCGCCGAAACAAUCGAGUUUAGUGGACGAAGGUGAAGAUUCUGAUGAAGGAGUGCGAGAUGGUGGUGAGGAGAAUGACCACAUGUCGGAUUUUGAUCGGAUGUUAGCACGUAAGAAAGAGGAACAAACACGAAGGCGUAAGCGCAAAGACAUUGACAUUAUCAAUGACAAUGACGAUAUAAUAGCCCAAUUAUUAGCGGAUAUGAGAACAGCCUCAGAGGAAGACAGGAAGUUGAAUCAGCAGUCGAAACCAGCAACCAACAAAAUAGCAAUGCUACCGAAAGUUUUGUCUCAGCUUAAGAAACACGAUCUUCAGUUGGCUUUCCUCGAGCACAAUGUCCUCUCGGUGCUGACUGAUUGGCUGGCACCCAUGCCAGAUCGUUCUCUCCCAUCUCUAAGGAUUCGCGAUAGUUUGCUAAAGCUUUUAUGGGAGUUUCCCCGGAUCGAUCAGGGAUCAUUAAAGCAAUCAGGCAUUGGAAAAGCUGUCAUGUAUCUUUAUAAACAUCCACGAGAGACUAAAGAGAAUAAAGAACGCGCUGGAAAAUUGAUUAACGAAUGGGCGAGGCCGAUAUUUAAUUUAUCUGCCGAUUUCAAAGCACUCUCCAAGGAGGAGAGGAUGCAGAGGGACCUGGAGCAGACGCCAGCCAAGAGGAGAAAAUCCGAUGAGGCUGACACCGGCCACAAGUCCGACAUUAAUAAAGCACUAAAGCAGAAUGAUGCUAAACAACUCAGACCUGGUGAUCCAGGAUGGGUGGGAAGGGCCCGGGUUCCUAGGCCCUCUAAUAAGGAUUACGUUGUACGACCUGAGUGGAAGUCUGAGAUAGAUAUCAGUCGCAGUACUAAAAAGCAGAUGAAUAGAUUUGAGCGGCAUAUGAAGAAUUAUAUGGAUAGCAAAAGGAUAAAAUCAGCUAGACGAGCAGUUGACAUUUCUAUCGAGGGACGAAAAAUGUCAUUAUAAUUCCAACACGCAUAUUUAGCUGUUCUUCAAUCAAUUUUACUUCGAUGGCUGUUGUGAUAUCCAUUCUACUCAUAAAUAAAUAUUUAAAAA